AUGCAAAACAUCGGAGCAGCCAACGCGGACGAUGCCUUCUACAGGUACAAAAUGCCAAAAUUACAGGCUAAGAUUGAGGGACGCGGAAACGGCAUUAAGACUAACGUCGUUAACAAUGUCGAGAUCGCCAAAGCUCUAGAGCGUCCUCCUGAAUAUGUGCUCAAGUAUUACGGUUGCGAACUUGGUGCGCAAACUAACUUCGACAAGGCGAGUGGAACCUCUAUUGUGAAUGGCGCUCACGACAUGCGGAAGUUAUCUGAGCUCCUGGAGGCUUUUAUAAAAAGAUACGUUUGCUGUUACAGCUGCAACAAUCCGGAGACUCAGAUUAAGAUAAAGAAGGAGAACAUUUACCUGAAAUGCAAAGCGUGUGGUUUUGUGUCUGAUGUUGAUCCACGUCAUAAGCUGAAUACAUUUAUCCUGAAGAAUCCGCCGGAGAACAAACUGAAGAAGGAAGAGCAAAAGCUAAAGAGGGCGGAGGAGGAGCGUGUGAAGGAUGCAGAGGCUCUCGGUGAAAAGGAAAAGAGGGAAAGGAAGAAGAAGGACAAGGAUAAGAAAGACAAGAAAGAUAAGAAAAAGAAGGACGGCAAUCAUGGCGAGGACAAGGAGGCCGGGGACAAGUAUUCAGAGGUGGAGGAGGAAGAUAGUGGAGACGAAGACGAUGGGGUUGUGUGGAUGACAGAUACAAGUGCCGAGGCAGCCAGCCGCAGAGCACAAGAGCAGCUGACGGCGGCCACUGCUGCUAUGGUUACUCUUGGUAACAUUGAGGCGGAGCAGGAGGCUGCUAUCCGACGGACUGAACGGGAAUCUAGGAAAACAGCUGAAGAGGAAGCGCACAAAAAGGCGGAAGACGCCAAACGUGCGCCAGAAGAGGCAGUUGCACAGGCGUCAGCUGAAGCCCAGGAGACGGUGCUUGCCAAUGGCGACCCUGUCGUUCGUCUUCGUGCGUUACUUGUCGACAAGGACGCUUCUACUAUCGUCAACGAGAUAAGGACAAUGCCAGGAGUUGAGGGCGGCAUGGCGGGAAAAAUGCGGUUACUGUACGAGGCGUCCGUCACUAGUUGCGAUGCUAGGAUAGACCAGGUCCUGAGGGCGCAGAAGAAUUUGUUUGCACAGUUUGCUCAAGAUGCACAAGGUCAGCUUGCACAGCUGAUUGCUCUGGAGUAUGUUCUAGCUGUGGCUGCACCAGGACGCAUUAAGGAAGCACCAUACGCUCUGAAGACGCUUUACGAGUUGGACUUGGUUGAAGAGGACGUAAUACUUGCAUGGGCUCAGAGGGCAGAUGCGGGAAAGUUAUUGGCAAUUCCUAUUGAAGGUGGAAAGGCGGUACGGAAGGCCGUUAAGCCUGUGGUCGACUGGCUCAGGCAGCAGGAUGAUGACGAUGACGAAGGUUGUGAUUAA